AUGCUGGGCGAGCUGGCAGUAGGCAGGAUGCGAGGCGGCUGCGUGGUGCUGGGGCUCCUGUGCUGCUUGGUGGCCAGGGUGGGCUCCUACACACCCUGGGACCUCUCCUGGACAGCACGAGGGGAUCCCUCUGCCUGGUCCUGGGGGACCGAGGCGCACUCACGGGCCGUGGCCGGCUCGCACCCGGUGGCCGUGCAGUGCCAGGAGGCGCAGCUGGUGGUGACGGUGCACAGGGACCUCUUUGGCACCGGGCGUCUCAUCAACGCUGCCGACCUGACUCUGGGCCCAGCUGCCUGCAAGCACUCCUCGCUCAACGCCGCACACAACACCGUUACCUUCGCCGCUGGCCUCCACGAGUGCGGCAGCGUCGUGCAGGUGACGCCAGAUGCCCUCAUCUACCGCACGCUCAUCAACUACGACCCCAGCCCUGCCAGCAACCCUGUCAUCAUCCGCACCAACCCUGCUGUCAUCCCCAUCGAGUGCCACUACCCCAGGAGGGAGAACGUGAGCAGCAACGCCAUCCGGCCCACCUGGUCCCCUUUCAACUCUGCGCUGUCAGCUGAGGAGAGGCUGGUGUUCUCCCUGCGCCUCAUGAGCGACGACUGGAGCACAGAGAGACCCUUCACCGGCUUCCAGCUGGGAGACAUCCUCAACAUCCAGGCUGAGGUCAGCACUGAGAGCCACGUGCCCCUGCGGCUCUUUGUGGACAGCUGCGUGGCUGCCCUGAGCCCCGACGGUGACUCCUCGCCCCACUACGCCAUCAUUGACUUCAACGGGUGCUUAGUGGAUGGGAGGGUGGAUGACACCAGCUCUGCCUUCAUCACACCCCGGCCGCGGGAGGAUGUGCUGCGGUUCAGGAUUGAUGUCUUCAGGUUUGCGGGGGACACCAGGAACCUGAUCUACAUCACCUGCCACCUGAAGGUGACCCCAGCAGACCAAGGCCCAGACCCCCAGAACAAGGCUUGCUCCUUCAAUAAGGCCAGAAACACCUGGGUGCCAGUGGAAGGCAGCCGGGAUGUCUGCAGCUGCUGUGAGACGGGCAACUGUGAGCCACCCGCUCUCUCCCGGAGGCUCAACCCCAUGGAGCGAUGGCAUGGCCGCCGCUUCCGCCGUGAUGCCGGGAAAGAGGUUGCAGCUGAUGUGGUCAUUGGCCCCGUGUUGCUUUUGGCGGACCCGGGAGCUGUGGGACAGCUGCAGGAGGACGGUGAUGGUGAAGCGGUGACGGUGCCCAGUGUGGAGAUGGGGCUGGUGUGCGUGGCCGUGGCUGUAGCGCUGGCUGCCGUUGGGGUGGCUGUGGGUAUUGCACGUAAGGGCUGCACCCGAACCUCAGCUGCGGCAUGA